GCAAUCUAUGUCGGCAAGAAUAAAAAAGCAUUGCAAGAAGUUGAAAAAGUUUUAAAAAAAACCUCGAAGCUAAGAACAGCACUUGCAUUGAAAGCUCUUGCGCUUAAAGGAUUAGGUCGUGAGAAGGAAAGUCAAGUGCUAAUCGAAGAUUUAGAGAGGACCGAACCAGAUGAUAAUUCAUUUGCUCAAGGUUUUACUUGUGCUUAUUGUGGUGUAGCUUGUGAUAAAGCAACAUGUGCAAAAAUUGCUGAUAAGAAAUUUAAAUGCAAGCAACAGAGGGAAAGAAAGGAAGUUAAAGCUUCAGAAUUUACUCAUCUCUUCAUAAAAGGAAAUCUUACAAAUUCUUCUUGUAAAAAUUGUAAGAAAGAUAUUAAAAACGUUCAUAAACCUGGAAUUCACGGUGUGAGGUGUUGUUGGUGCCAUGAGAGCUUUCAUGAUGAAUGUACAUCAUUAGACCGAAAUUGUGACUUUGGAAAAUAUCAGGAAUUCGUCAUUCCUCCUUUUUCUGUUAAAGCAUGUCGAACACGAAAGGCUCCAAAGCUUCAUUUAAAAGAAAUCUCUGCAAUUCCUCAUUGGAAGAACUGGCAGCCCUUAAUUGUCAUCGCUAAUAUUAAAUCUGGAUCAAGUGAAGCUGAUAGUGUAGCAAACUUAUUUCGUUCCAUUCUAAAUCCUAUUCAAAUAAUUUCAAUGACAUCCUAUGGACCUGCAGAAGCAUUGGAAAUUGUUAAGGUUAAUCUUAAAGUUUCUGUUGCAAUUUGUCCAAUUGGAACCGGAAAUGACUUGUCUCGAGUUAUGGGUUGGGGCUCGGAAAUAGAUUCCAAUGAUUUACUAACUCCUGACAAUCUUAUUGAUAAGAUGAGACGAGCAAAAGAAGCACAACUUGAUAGGUGGUUGCUUGAAAUUAAAUAUGACAAUCGUUCAGUGAUCACGAGACGUCUUCAUCUAAACAAAAAAAUGUUCAUGUAUAAUUACUUCAGUCUUGGAGUAGACGCACUCGUGACAUUGAACUUUCACAAAGCACGCGAAAGUGCAUUUUAUGUGAUCAAAAACGAUAAUCGAGUAAAUCUUCCGGAACUUCAAGCAGUUGUUGUUUUGAACAUCGAUAGUUGGGGAGCUGGUGUUAAGCUUAUAGAAAUGACAAAAGAAAAUGAUAAAACAUUUGGAUUACUGCAUUCAACAUCAGAUGGAUAUGUUGAAGUCUUAGGCGUUUCAUCUUCGUUUCAUAUCGCGCAAUUGCAAGUUGGACUUACAAAACCGUUAAAAUUGGGACGAGCGAAAGAAGUGAAGAUUAAAGUGAAAGCAAGAUGUCCAGUGCAAGCAGAUGGAGAACCAUGGCUGGAAUAUCCGUGUGAGUUCAAGAUAACUUCACAUAGUCAAGCAAAAAUGCUGAAAUGUGUCAAAGAUUAA